GAGCCAUGAGGGGCAGCUCUCUCUCUCACACACACACGCAUACUCUCUCUCUUUAUCUCUCUCUCUCACACACACACACACACACUCUCUCUCUCUCUCUGCUUCUGGUGUUGACCCCGUCGGCACAGAUGGUCUGACCCUGAACAUUAAAGAGAGAAGCAAAGCAAACAAACGCAGGAGCCGACCGUCCUGAAGCUCGAUGGCGUGUGUGUGUUCUGCGUGGCUGCGCUGGGGCGCGCUGCUGUCGGCCGUCUUCGCUCUGUGUGUGCAGGAGUGUGUGGACAAGGAUCGGGUUCUGGCUGAAAUGUCACAGGACGCAGAUCUGCCGACGGAGUGUGUGUUGAGCUGUACGGCGCUCACUUACAGGCAGAUCUUAGACGGACAGCAGAAACUCACGGUCCGGUUCAAAGACUCGCAGCCCGGCGAGUCGGACGACUUCUGCUGGUUCAUUCACACGAGAUGCAGCACGUGGGAUGAAAUCUUUGUUGUGCUGUCUAUCAAAGAGUCCGUGGCAGCUGAGACGAUUGGACUUCAGAUCACCUGGCCGCCGCAGCUGAGCCCCACCCCUCCACACCUGAGCCCCGCCCCACUGCAACUGAGCCCCGCCCCUCCACACUUGAGCCCCACCCCUCCACAUGUCCCGCCCAACGCCUGUGGCCUGCGUUUCGACGUCACGCCGCAUCUGAAACUCCUAAAGCAGCGCACGCUCUGCAUCCGGCCGCACGGCAUCAUGGGACACCGCUUACACUGCCCGCCCUACCUGGUCAUCGUGAAGAAGAAGACAGAGUAAGAGUCCCAAUUUAUAACAAUGGUAAAGAUUAGGAACAGAUAAACUGGUGUGACAUUUAGGAUUUUGCAUCUUAAUUUCAAUUCAUUUGAGCUGAAUUGAAUAUCUGUUUCAGAGCAGUAUGUCAACGGCCUGUGUUGUCAGAUAAACUAAAUUGCAUUUUUAAACACUUUAAAUUUGAAGUAUACCUUUUAUUUUUAUAUACCUAUAACAUGUCUUAUUUUUAUAUCCUUUCUAUUUUAUUAAGCUUUUUAAAUGUAAAGACAAAGCACUAGAGGCACUAGUUUAUUUUGUGCCAUUUAAUCUGUGUUCUCAAACUCUGAAUCGCUAUUGGUCAGAACUGCCCCAUUUAUUCACCAGCCUGUGUGUGUACUUAUAAAUAUAUUCAGCUAUUUUGUUAAUAAAAUUCUGGAAGCUUA